GGAUGGUGAUACCAGGAGGGUAUAUGUCGACAUGCCUGAACCAACUAAGAGACACAUCGGAGCACUGGCUCGUCUCGGAUGGUUGCCGAGUUUGAGAUCGGCCCGAUUUUCGCGCUCCCCGAGAUAUCUGGUUGCCAGGUCGCAUUCCGCAGAUGGGACCUCGUCCAACAACCCCGCCAACACGGCGCCUUGGGCGUUAAGGUCGAGGCUCGGACCACGAACACGCUACCUGCAGUCCUUGUACGGGGGUUGUCGUCACGGCAUCAAGAGGUUUCCAUUGUUACCAAGAGUUGAUAAAUUCCGCCAUCACAAAUUUCCUAUCGGCCCUGAUUAUGUCUACAAUUAAGUCUCCCUUCGAAAGCCUCUCUUCCUAAACCUUUUAGAAAUUUCAAAAAUUAUUCAUAAAAAAGAGCUUACUGAAUUCCUACUCCUAGCGUCAAUCACUCACAACCAUUAUCGACGAGACUGUAAAAAUGGUAAGUUGCUCAGUUACCUUCAGUCGGUAAGGAAGAGCGAAUAUAAAAUGUUUUAACACUAGAUUCCUGUUUCACCGAUCAGCGUGUUUCCAUUCUCCAAUCCAUGGUGUUGAGAAAUAGAAGGAAGAGGGCCAUACCUUAGUAAAAUCAUAAAGUAUUUUUAAACUUUGAUCUUCCCUCGUUGCAAAUAUAUAAAUUUUAUGUCCUGUUGACAAUAAAUUUUUUAGGGACAGCAUUUUUUUUUAAUUAUAUAAGAAUGACUCUACUGUACCAUAUCAGAAUUGAAAUAUCUUAUAGCUAAUGACAAUAAUUAUUAAUUAAAUACUGUUGAACUGGGCUAGUGACGACCAUCAUUUCAGACGUGUCGAAAUAUCCGGGAAUUUAAUAUUUUUCGUUUCUAAAUUUGGUAUCCUAUUUUUUUACAUACAAUACUGUAAAAAAUUUUGACAAUAGUUUCCCGUACGAAUCACGAUUCUCUGGACUGUAAAGCGCGGCGUGUUUGGUCCCGGACAUUUUCGAAAACGUCACUACAAUUUUAAUACUAUAUAUAUGAUAUCAUCUCUAUUUAUCGUUAACGCAAAUGAAAGUGUUUAUCUGGACUUCGCAACGCUUUUAUUUCGAUAUCGCGGUAUCAAAUCAAAUUUACAUCUAUAUACAUACCAUAAGAAUCAAAUAGACGCAAGCGUUUCGACAAUAUCAUUAUUAUGAUUAUUGUUAUUUAAAAAAUGAGCGUUUUUCGAAUGAUCGGAUUGGCUCCAUUCUUCCAACCCCGUUGCUCUUUGCAUUCGUAGUCUGUAAUGUAUCAGUGGUUUCAGAGCAAAGUGAAAAAAUGAGACUAUACGAAUCGUAGAGCUCAAAAUUGUAGAAGUAGUGAUAAAUAAUUCGGUCUAAUUGUCCUUUCGAUCACCCCUUCUUUUUUCUUAUAGAUGGUAGAUAUAUCUGUAUUUAUAUAUGAUAAAAAAUAUACUUUGCUUUAUUAAAAACGGGAUUCCGGAGGAAAAAAAGAAUUAUUGGAUUUGCAAUAAAUGUAAUAUAUAUUUAAGUUUUUAAUUGAUACGGUUUUAAUUAAUUGCAUUUUUUUGUAAAGUCAGGACCUUAUUUAUCUUAUCAGCAAAAAUUAAAUUAGCUUUGAAUAUUGGAAUAAAAAGUGUUUUCUUGUAUAUGAGGGAGGAAGAAAUUUUUUCCUGAGAAAAUAAUUUUUUUAGGGAAGAACUUCGAAACCGUCCGUUGAUAACCAAUUUUGUAGAUAUAAUUCCAAAAAUUCUUUUUUUUUCUUGCCUCCGAUGCGAUUGUAGUUCGUAAGUGGCUGGAGCGACGGUCUCGGUCUAGAUAGUUUUCCUAUACGUAUUCCAAGAUCGAAAACGUCGCUGACGAAAUAAUUGCUGUGUAUGACAUAUAAUUACAAAUAUUGCACGACCUUUAUUGUAAUGACCUGUAUUGUGUGUUUAAAAUAGAAAAUAAUUGUGGAUACUCUGAUGACAA